CACAGACCUGGAACUAAACGCCAUGGCGCCCAAAAACAACAUCCCAUUCUCAAUCCGGAAGUACGCUCCCUCCGACCAGCCCGCUGUGAUGUCACUUUUCCGCGACGGCAUCAUGGAACACGUGUAUCCGGCUUUCUUCAAGACCCUGAGUCAUCCGGAUCACAUAGGCAUCGCUUUGAGCAUCUCCAUGGCUGGCUACGUUUUGGGAGGUAGCUCGUACUUCCAAGCGUUCCUCUUCGGAAGCGCAUGGGCCGGUCUACUUUACUACUGCUGCAACGAGAUCUACGAAGGCUACAUGGAGCAGAGGAUGGCUGCGGACAUGGCUAACGUUCAAACUAGCUACCUCGACAACCCCGAUAGCGCGUUUUGGGUGGCGGAAACCGAAGUUAAGGGGCAGCAAAAGUCGGUUGGCAUCGCGGCUGUGAUUGGCAAGCGUUCCGAAGUCGAAGGCGAGCGAUUCGACGAUUGGAAUGGCGGCGUUAUUGGCGAGGAAAGCGAAUUCGGUCAAGACGCCGGGAGUUACGGAGAACUCAUGCACCUGGUUGUGGCGUUUCCAUGGCGACGUAACUAUUUCGGGUCGGAGAUGAUGCAGAAGGUGAUGGAUUUUUGCAAAGAGCGCGGGUACAGUCGUGUGGUACUAGAUGUUAGUUCUUCUCAAACGGCAGCGAUCGCCUUGUUUCAGAAAUUUGGCUUUGUGCAGACGGCAUCCCAUAAUAACACUCACUCCAACCGCUGGUUCUCCAGACUGGCCCGGAUAAACAUGCUGAGGAUGGAGAAGGUCAUUUAAGAAGAUUCAAUACAUAAUAAAGGGCAGUGAAUCUCAAACUGGGGUGCAUGUACUACUGGUGGUACAUGGGUGCCAUCUGCAGACUGGACCUGGUUUACAUCUGGUUU